CGGACGGUAGUAUAAUAUAGAGAAUUUCAUUGGUUCCGAAGUGACAUGGUCCGUGCGUGUCGUGCGCGUGACGGCACGGCAGAGUUCCGAAUCUUAACGUUGGUCGUCGUGGUUCCCGAUGCUCAAAACAUCCAUUCGAGGACUUCCUCGUCCUCUACGCGCGAAAACACAACAAUCUCGAAGGUCAUUUGCGACAGUAACCGAUACACCUGUUCGUCGUUACGGGGGUUUGAAAGACCAGGAUCGAAUUUUCACCAAUGCGUUCUGUAAACAUGACCAUGGAAUCAAAGGCGCAAAGUCUAGAGGCGACUGGCAUCGUACAAAGGAUAUCCUCAAUAAGGGAGAUGCUUGGAUCAUUCAGACUAUGAAAGAUUCCGGUCUUCGUGGUCGUGGAGGAGCUGGUUUUCCAUCAGGAUUGAAAUGGAGUUUCAUGAACAAACCAAACUGGCAGGACGACAAGCGGCCUCGGUAUCUUGUCGUGAAUGCGGAUGAAGGAGAACCAGGCACAUGCAAGGACCGAGAAAUCAUGCGAGGUGAUCCGCACAAACUUGUCGAGGGUUGUCUCGUUGCUGGAAGAGGAAUGAAUGCUAACGCCGCCUACAUUUACAUUCGAGGAGAGUUCUACCAAGAAGCGUCUCACGUUCAGCAAGCUAUCAACGAGGCUUAUGCUGACGGUCUUCUUGGUCCAAAUGCGUGUGGUAGCGGCUACGCCUUCGACGUCUAUCUGCAUAGAGGCGCCGGAGCUUACAUAUGUGGUGAAGAAACUGCAUUGAUCGAGAGUUUGGAGGGGAAACAGGGAAAACCUCGUCUCAAACCUCCUUUCCCUGCUGAUGUCGGUCUAUUUGGAUGUCCUACCACGGUGGCUAAUGUCGAAACUGUCUCUGUUGCACCUACUAUCUGCCGACGCGGUGGCGCAUGGUUUGCUAGUUUCGGUCGCGAACGUAAUCAAGGAACCAAGCUUUUCUGUAUAUCUGGUCACGUCAAUAACCCCUGCGUUGUGGAGGAAGAAAUGUCCAUUCCCCUCCGAGAGUUGAUCGACAAGCACUGUGGUGGGGUCAUCGGCGGCUGGGAUAACCUGCUCGGGAUCAUUCCAGGAGGAUGCUCUGUUCCAGUGCUCAACCAACAAAAGAGCGGCGAGGUUCUGAUGGACUACGAUUCACUAAAAGAUGCUGGGAGUGGUCUCGGGACCGGUGCCGUCAUCGUUAUGGACAAGAGUACCGACAUUGUCUCCGCCAUUGCAAGAUUCUCCCAGUUUUACAAACAUGAGUCGUGCGGUCAGUGUACUCCUUGCCGAGAAGGUACAACCUGGAUGAUGAACAUGAUGAAUCGAAUGGUCACUGGCCGUGCUCAUGUUCGGGAAAUUGACAUGCUACUAGAAAUCACGAAACAAGUCGAAGGACGCACCAUCUGCGCUCUUGGUGAUGCUGCUGCCUGGCCCAUCCAGGGUCUGAUGAAAAACUUUAGACCCGAGGUGGAGGCUCGCAUAGCGGCUUUCCGCGCUUCAGAAGGGGCCGUUGGAUUCGGUGGACAUUUAAGCACCCAGAUAGACUCGACUUUGGCUAUUCCAGAUAAUCUGGGUUUAAGAUUACCAGCUUAGAUUGAUCAUGUAAUAUUCAGCGGAAAAUUCAGGUUCUUACCCUAGA